UAUAAAUAAAUCAUGUUUCCAUACAUAUUGACUCUCUGUCUUUGUCUCUAUGUUUAAUAUACCAAUGCUGUAUCUGAUAACGUAGAAGUUAUCACUUCAUGUUGGCUUAUCACAUUGUAAGACAAUCAAAAAUUUAAGGUAUUUUGAUUAAUGUAUACAUUUGUCUAGACAUUUGAUCAUGUGGUUGAAUCUGUAGCAAAGCGUUAUUCAUAAAAUGAUAAAGAUAAGAUUGUCCAUGAUAUUAGAGUUUAUAUGAUAAAAAAGUGUUUUUCUACCCUUCCUCUGGCUGAUAGCAAAUAAGUAAACAUAUAUGUUAAACACGCGUUUUUUAGAUUAUCAAAGAUUUUGAAUCAGGAUAAUCUUUGCAUGUAACAUAUAGAGAAGUUGUAAAGGGCUUUGAUUACACUCAUUAUAUUAAAGAUCUUAAAAAUAAAGACAUAAUUCCUAACCCAUAAUUGGACGACAUCAUCUCAACUAUAGUGAAAAGUCUUGAAACAGAAUUUAAUAAAGAUAUUCAAAGUGAAAUCCAAUCUGAAGUUCCUCCUCUUGGUGUUUUUGGAAUGAAUUUCAAUUACUUGAUAGUGUUUCCAAUUCUAGGAGCAAUCUUUUUGAUCUAUUUUGUGAUUAAUGCAAUUAAAGCUUUAAAACCAACCCCGAAAAAAAAGAAGUGAAUUGUAAUUA